AUGAAGCGUGCUUGGAGGAUUUGUGUGUGCUUCUACUGCUGCCUCCACUGGCUCUCCUCCAGCGUCCAGUGCUCCCCCCGCCCCAGGGGCCGUGGAGUCUCUGGCAACACCUCCGAGCUGUCGGGGGCUGCCGACGCCGCUAGGGCGUCGCCCAGCGAGUCCAACCCGCGGCUGUGGCUGCCCCAAGGGAGCCGUGGCUAUGCCCUGCCCCCUCCCCUCCUCAAGGUGCUGUCGGACCAGGGACCCCAGGACUGGGAAAGCCGGGUCCCCAGGCUGCAGCCGGACUCCAGAGCCCUUCGGUACAUGAAGAGGCUCUACAAGAUGUCUGCUACCAAGGAGGGAAUCCCGAAGGAUAACAAAAGCCACCUCUACAACACCGUGCGACUUUUCACUCCGUGUUCCGAAUGCAAGCACCGCCCCCGGGGUCUCCUGAAAGGAGACGUUCACUCGGUGGAUUUACUCUUCAACCUGGAUCGUGUCACUGCUCUAGAGCACUUGCUCAAGUCUGUCCUGCUCUACUCCUUUGACACAUCAGUCCCUGUCUCUUCCUCCAUUUCGUGCACGUGCCGUUUGUCUGUUAAGGAGCAUGAUUUUUCUAGCCAAGUAUGUCCCAGCAUUUCACACUCUGUAGCUUUUAGCCUGCACUUUGAAGUCCGAAAACGCAAGUGGGUGGAGAUUGAUGUGACUUCUUUCCUCCAGCCUCUGAUUGCUACUCACAGGAGGAACAUUCACAUGGCCGUGAACGUCACUUGUCUGCUGGGUGAUCCACCACGAAACACUGACCUGGAAAACCCCAUCGACGUGGCACUGGUUCCCCCUUCUCUUCUCCUGUACCUGAACGAUACCAGCGAGCGAGCGUAUCACAGGUGGAACUCACUCAGACACAGAAGGCAAAGCCCAGGGCAGCCCAGGGAAAGGACCAACCCUACGAGUGACCCCAGAAAGCACCCCCAGGGCAGAAGGGCCUCUCGGCGUCGACGAGCCGAGACCCCUCAGCACCCCGCGACGCCCCCACCUCACAACCUGAGCGAGCGCUUCCAACGCUUUCUCUUCCCUCAGGACGAGUGCGAGCUCCGCGAGUUCCGCCUCAGCUUCAGCCAGCUGAAGUGGGACCGCUGGAUCCUGGCGCCGCACCGCUACAGCCCGCAGUACUGCCGGGGGGAGUGCCCGCGG